UGGUAGUAGGAGGCGGAGCUCCACUGUAGCACUCUGGAGGGAGCAGGUUGACGUCUAAACAAAUACACUAUGGCUUAAAAAAAAGGCAUUUACGACUAACUUCUUCGGACCGGAAACAAAAUACACACGAGUAUAGAGCCGCCCAGCUUUGUGGUGUACAGGUGGUUAGCAGUCGGCCAUGGAUACCACCACCUCCCUGAAGAUGACCUCUCUGGCCGUCCAGAGCCUGUUCAGCUACGUGGAGGAGGAGAACCUGGCUGCCAUCAAAGCACAUUUGGACAAGUUCAAAGAUGUGGACAGCAGGAGCGAUAAUGGACAGACUCCCCUGAUGGUGGCGGCAGAGCAGGGCAAUCUGGAGAUAGUACAAGAGCUAAUUAGGAGAGGAGCCAACGUGAACUUGGAUGAUAUUGACUGCUGGACUGCCUUGAUCUCGGCGGCUAAGGAGGGACACAUUGAGGUGACGAGGGAACUGCUGGACAACAAUGCUAACCUUGAACACAGGGACAUGGGAGGUUGGACUGCUCUCAUGUGGGCAGCAUACAAGGGUCGUACGGAUGUGGCCGAACUGCUUUUAGAAAAAGGGGCAAACCCUAACAUCACUGGACAGUACAGCGUCUACCCCAUUAUCUGGGCAGCAGGUCGAGGCCACGCAGAGAUCGUCCACCUCCUGCUGCAGUACGGAGCCAAGGUCAACUGCUCAGACAAGUAUGGCACCACUCCUUUAAUCUGGGCAUCCAGGAAGGGCCACUAUGAGAGCGUGAUGCACCUUUUGGCCAAUGGAGCCGAUGUAGACCAGGAAGGAGCGAACUCAAUGACGGCUCUGAUUGUGGCAGUGAAAGGUGGCUACACCGAGGUGGUCAAGGAGCUGCUGAAGAGGAACCCGAAUGUUAACAUGACAGACAAGGAUGGCAACACAGCCCUCGCCAUCGCUGCCAAGGAGGGUCACACAGAGAUUGUGCAGGACCUGCUUGACGCCGGCACCUAUGUCAAUAUUCCAGACAGGAACGGGGAAACCAUGCUGAUCGGAGCUGUGAGAGGAGGUCAUGUGGAGAUAGUGCGAGCUCUGCUGAACAAAUACGCCGAUAUUGACGUCAGGGGCCAGGAUGGAAAGACUGCCCUCUACUGGUCAGUGGAGAAAGGCAACGCCACCAUGGUGAGGGACAUCCUGCAGUGCAACCCUGACACAGAGAGCUGCACCAAGGACGGAGAGACCCCCCUUAUUAAAGCCACAAAAAUGCGGAACAUAGAUAUAGUGGAACUGUUGCUGGAUAAAGGAGCCAAGGUGUCUGCAAUAGAUAAGAAAGGAGACACUCCGCUCCACAUAGCCAUCCGCGGGAGAAGCCGAAAGUUGGCCGAGCUGCUGCUGAGGAACCCCAAAGACGGCCGCCUGCUGUACCGCCCCAACAAAGCUGGAGAGACACCUUACAACAUCGACUGCACCCACCAGAAAAGCAUCCUGACACAGAUAUUUGGAGCCAAGCACCUGUCCCCCUCUGAGUCAGAUGGAGACAUGUUGGGCUAUGACCUAUAUAGCAGCGCUUUAGCAGACAUCCUCAGUGAACCCACCAUGCAGCCUCCUAUCUGCGUUGGCCUGUACGCUCAGUGGGGUAGCGGCAAGUCUUUCCUUCUUAAGAAACUGGAGGAUGAGAUGAAGACAUUUGCGGGCCAGCAGAUAGAGCCGCUGUUCCAGUUCUCCUGGCUGGUGGUCUUCCUCACCCUGCUCCUCUCUGGCUCAGUGGCCGUUGUCCUGGGAUUUACCGUUGAUCCCAAGUUGGCAAUCGCCGUCUCUCUCAGCCUCCUCGCUCUGCUCUACAUCUUCUUUGUGUUGGUGUACUUCGGAAGCCGCCGUGAGAGGGAAAGCUGGAACUGGGCGUGGGUCAUCAGCACCCGUCUGGCUCGUCAGAUCGGUUACCUGGAGCUGCUGCUCAAACUGAUGUUUGCCAACCCUCUUGAGCUUCCCGAGCAGACCACCCGAGCCCUGCCCGUCAGGUUCUUGUUCACGGAUUAUAAUCGCCUGUCUAGUGUCGGAGGGGAAACCUCCAUGGCUGAAAUGAUUGCCACGCUGUCUGAUGCUUGCGAGAGGGAGUUUGGCUUCAUGGCCACCAGGCUGUUCAGAGUUUUCAAGAAUGAUGAAAUCAAAGGUCAAAAAUGGAAGAAAACAUGCUGUGUUCCAUCGUUUGUGCUGUUUGCUUUGACGCUGGGCUGCCUGAUCACUGGCAUGGCACUGUUGGCUAUCUUCAAGGUGAACCCUGAGAAUCUGACCGUCAAUGCCGUGCUGAUAGCCAUGGCCAGCGUGGUUGGUCUGGCUUUACUGCUCAACUGUAGGACCUGGUGGCAGGUAGCUGACUCCGUCCUCUACUCUCAGAGGAAGCGCCUGCACAGUGCUGCCAACAACUUGCACAAGCUCAAGAGUGAAGGAUUUAUGAAGGUUUUGAAGCACGAAGUGGAGCUAAUGUCAAAAAUGGCCAAAACUAUCGAUGGCUUCACCCAGAACCAGACGCGCAUGGCCGUUAUCAUCGAUGGGCUGGAUGCGUGUGAGCAGGACAAAGUGCUGCAGAUGCUGGACACGGUGAGGGUGCUUUUCUCCAAAGGGCCUUUUAUCUCCAUCUUUGCCAGCGACCCCCAUAUUAUCAUCAAAGCCAUCAACCAAAACCUCAACAGUGUGCUGAGGGACUCCAACAUCAAUGGACACGACUACAUGAGAAACAUUGUCCACCUGCCAGUAUUCCUUAACAGCAGAGGACUCAGUACGGCCAAAAGGCUUUGCAUGGCUGCACCCACCAACGGAGAGGCAAUGGCUGCUGAGGGAUGGCACGAAGACAUGGAGAGAAAGAUGUCUCAGAGCAGCCUGGCUCCAGACCAGGCCAAGUUUGGCAGCAAGACCGCCCUAAACCGCAGGGACACAUACCGGCGUCGCCAGAUGCAGAGGACCAUCACCAGACAGAUGUCCUUUGAUCUGACCAAGCUGCUGGUGACCGAGGACUGGUUCUGUGACAUCAGCCCACAGACGAUGAGGAGGCUGCUCAACAUUGUUUCUAUCACAGGUCGUCUGUUGCGGGCCAAUCAGAUCAUCUUCAACUGGGAUCGCCUGGCGUCGUGGAUCAACCUGACAGAAGAGUGGCCUUACAGGACGUCGUGGAUCAUCCUGUUUUUGGAAGAGGCCGAUGGAGUCUCCGACCAGGUCACUCUCAAGACCAUCUACGAGAGAAUCUCCAAGAACAUCCCAACCACUAAGGACGUGGAGCCUCUGCUGGAGAUCGAUGGAGACAUCCGUAGCUUUGAGGUGUUCCUCUCCUCUCGGACGCCCGUUCUCACCGCCAGAGACGUGGAGAUGUUUCUGCCCUGCACCGUCAACCUGGACCCCAAACUCAGGGAGAUCAUAGCAGAUGUGCGCGCCGCCAGGGAGCAGAUGCACAUCGGAGGAGUGACCUAUCCCACGCUGCCCCUUCAGGAGGCGGUGCACCGUCCCCAGUCAGGUUACGGCCAGCAAUCCGCCGCCUGCUCCCCGUCGGGCUCCUUCGCCGGAUCCCUGCCGCCCCAGCCCCACAGCGCCUACUUCAGCGGGAUGACGGGUCCUCAGCACCCCUUCUACAACCGGCCUUAUUUCCCCCAUCAUGUGUAUCAUCUGCCACGGCAUUACCCCCACCAUGUCCCCUCAUCCUUGCGCCCUACCAUUAAACCGCCCGGUCAACCCCAGGACACCAAUGGACUUCAUUUAAAGUCGCUGCCUUACAAAUUAAAGCAGGUCUCCUCCGCGGCCCUGCUCAGCACCAUGAACACGGACGCGGUGUGUGAGCGUCUCAAGCAGAUAGACGGAAUUGACCCAAACAUGCUGCCUCAGUACGCCUCCACCAUCAAGAAGGCUAAUAUAAACGGUCAGGUGCUCACUCACUGUAACCUGGACGAGCUGAAGAAAGAGAUGGAGAUGAACUUCGGCGACUGGCAGCUCUUCAGGGGAAUGGUGAUAGAGCAGCGGCACGCUGAAAGCCAGGCGGUGCUGCAGGACGAGUCCCGAGCCGCCAGCGAGCAGGGCAGCAGCGUGCACCACAUGGAGCCCGGCAGACGCUCGGGGGGAGCCCAGCGUGAAGCGGCGGCCUUCAGCCUCAACCUCAGCUUCGAGGAGCUGAGCGGAGUCGGGCUGGAGGAGCCUCCGAGACGCAGGGACAACUCGCACUGGCCGGUCGGUGUCUGCGGCGGGAGCUCGAGUAGAUCGCACAUUUUACAUUCCCACGUGGCAAAUCACCACACCUCAAGCAUGUCCAGCCUCAACUCCCAGGAAUCCUCCAAUGACAUCUGCAAGCUGACAGACAAGCAGCAGGCGGAGUAUCGUGACGCCUACAGGGAGUACAUCGCUCAGAUGGCCCAGCUGGAGAUGUCCGGCGGUGGCGGAGAGAGACCUGUGCAGCCCCACCCUGGACAGUUCCUUCAGGCUGCCAGCUCAGAGGACAAAGGGGCCAAGGAAGGAACUGACCAAGACGGCCGCAAGUCCUUCGGCAAGAGAGGCUCCAAGGGCAGCGACGCCACUGACUUCGCCUCAGGUGCCGACGCUCAGCUCCUGGACCCCAUCAGCGAGGAGGACGAGAAGCUGGACCACAGCUCGUCUUCCAGGACUCCAGGCUGCAGGAAGAAGGGAGCCGGGUCGUAUUACCACAAGCUGCCCAACGAUGAAGACUCAGGGCCGGACGAAGCCGACAACACAACACCUCUCCUCCGCAAAGAGGCGAGUGCCGGUGAGACGUCGUCCCACAGAGCCUCUCAGCCCGCCGGGCUCCUGACCAAACCUGGCUUCCUCUCCGAAAUCCUCCUGGACAAGAAGGACUCGUCAGAUUCAGGGAUGCGCUCCAGUGACAGCUCCUCGGAUCGCUCGCUGGAGGAGGCCGAAGGAGACGAGGAAGCGCUGAAGCCCAGCCUGAUCGAGCUGGAGCUGGAGGGCCUGGUGAAGAAGAGAGGCCUCCUCCCCAGCAGCCUAAGCGGCCUCCAAGACGCCACGGUCGCCCGCAUGUCCAUCUGCUCCGAGGCUCCGUCCGAGGCCAGCCUGAUGGCCAGCAGCCCGGACGAGGGCUGGCCGUCCGGCGGGGUCAGCAACCUCAACCACGCCGCCAGCAACGCCACCCUCAACAACAACGAAAGCAGCCCCGACGACACCGUCACCAACACCAACGUCGGCCGUCAGCAGCGGGACAACGGCACGGGCACGGAGUCCACCAUCUCCUCCUCCUCCUCCUCCAGCUUCUCUCCACCUGUCAUCAUCACCCCUGGCAGCAGCACCGCCGGCACCACGGCCGCCACCGUCCACCACAACCAGAACCUGCGCACCAUCAGUCUGGGAGACGAGACGGAGAGCGUCCUCUGAGAGUCGCACGCGCGCCGGUUUAUUCCGAGAAGGGUCAUGUAGGCUGUUGUUGUUGUUGAUGUUGUUGGUAGGAUAAUUAUACCACUGAUAUUGUGAUGUGUUCCAAAGAUUUAGAGAAGUCAGUGUCAGUGUUGUGUUGUUUGGACGGAAAUGUAGGAAGUGUUGCUGUUAAGACAAGUGUAGUGCAUUGACAAGCUUUAAAUAGAUGUAUGUUAAAAAAAAAACACUUUAAUUUAAACACUUGAUGUUACCAAAAAUGUUUCUGUCAGGUCAAGAUUUCCUCAACAUGUUUCUUGUGUUAUAGGACGGGUGGCGUCCAGCGCGUUCGAUAGAUUGUGUGAUUUCUCUCCUUUGUCUGGGUGGUGAUGUCGCCCAGUUUAGUGAAGAAACGUGUUACAGAAUAAAAUGUGUAGGAAAAGGAAAUGAUUGUAACGAAAAGACUUUUGCCUCCAAAGCAUGUUGUACGGUGUUGUUGUGGUUAAAAAUAUCAUUAAAAAAAAAAAGAACAUAGAUGUGAGCGUAGACAACGGUGCAGUGCGUCAUUGGAAGUUCCUGUGUUAGAAGUCGUCUGUGAAGUGAUAUUUUGUCUUUUCCCAAAGCUCCUGGUGAGAAGUGUUUCGUGAAUCAAUAAACAUUUUGUCAUGCGGACCCUUUAAA